CCUGAGUCGUUUCCUAUUGGUCGAACUUCCAGAAACAAACAAUGGCUGCUUCCCCGUCCUGAUCUCGUGCCGGAGACUAACGACCAACUUUACGGCGAGCCCGGGGGGCGGGGCCGGACCGAAGGAGGCGGAGUCUGCUGCAACAAUGAAGCUGAAUAUAGAUGGUUUACUGGUCUAUUUCCCCUAUGAAUACAUCUAUCCGGAGCAGUACUCCUAUAUGGUGGAGCUGAAGAGGACGCUGGACGCCAAGGGUCAUGGAGUCCUGGAGAUGCCAUCAGGGACCGGGAAGACGGUGUCACUGCUGUCACUGAUUGUGGCCUAUCAGAGGGCCUACCCUCUGGAGGUAACCAAGCUGAUCUACUGCUCUCGGACGGUCCCGGAGAUAGAGAAGGUGGUGGAGGAGCUCCGGAAACUGACGGAAUACAUUCAGUCCCAAACCAAAGAGAAGCUCAACUUCUUGGCUUUGGCCUUGAGCUCCAGACGUAACCUGUGUGUGAACCCAGAGGUCAGCUCUCUCCGCUUCGGUAAGGAGAUUGACGGGCGAUGCCACAGUCUGACCGCCUCAUUUGUGAGGACACAGAGGCAGCGGGACCCCAGCAUUCCCUCCUGCCGCUUCUAUGAGGAGUUCGAUGCCAUUGGCAGGGACACCCCUCUUCCUCCUGGGAUUUACAAUCUAGAUGACCUUCGGACUCUGGGAAGGCAGCGCGGCUGGUGUCCGUACUACCUGGCCCGCCAUGCUUUGGCGCAGUGUAACAUCAUCGUGUACAGUUACCAUUACCUUCUGGACCCCAAGAUCGCUGACCAGGUGUCCCGAGAACUGGCUAAGAAAGCGGUCGUCGUCUUUGACGAGGCUCAUAACAUCGAUAAUGUCUGCAUCGACUCCAUGAGCGUCACCAUCACGCGACGGACCCUGGAGCGCAGCCAGAACAACAUCGAAACCCUCAACACCGCCAUCCAAAAGAUUAAGGAAACUGAUGAGCAGAGGUUAAAACAAGAGUACGCCCGACUGGUGGAAGGUCUGCGCGAGGCCACGGUCGCCCGCGAGACUGAUGUUUACCUAGCGAAUCCAGUGUUACCCGAUGAAAUCCUGCAAGAGGCCGUCCCCGGCUGUAUCCGUAACGCGCUGCACUUCCUGGGUUUCUUGCGGCGCCUGGUCGGCUAUAUCAAGUCUCGUCUGCGUUCGGGACACGUGACCCAGGAGGGCCCGGCGGCCUUCCUGCGUGACCUUUACGAGAAAGUCUGCAUCGAACGGAAGCCGAUGAGGUUCUGCGCGGAGCGGCUGCGCUCUCUUACGAGGACGCUGGAGAUUGCAGACAUCACCGACCUGUCUCCUCUCGUCCUCAUUACCAACUUUGCCACCCUGGUCAGCACGUACACCAAAGGAUUCAUGAUCAUUAUUGAGCCAUUUGAGGAUCGGACGCCAACGAUCAGUAACCCCGUGUUACACUUCAGCUGCCUGGACGCCUCCCUCGCCAUUAAGCCGGUGUUCCAGAGGUUCCAGUCCGUCAUCAUCACAUCCGGGACUCUCUCCCCGCUGGACAUCUAUCCCAAAAUUCUGGACUUCCGACCCGUAACCAUGGCAACAUUCACAAUGACACUUGCCCGGGUCUGCCUGUGUCCGAUGGUCAUCGCCCGUGGAAACGACCAAGUAGCGAUGAGCUCAAAGUUUGAGACAAGGGAGGAUCUGGCUGUCAUGCGAAACUAUGGGAACCUUCUCCUGGAGAUGUCCGCCAUUGUCCCUGAUGGGAUAGUGGGAUUCUUCACCAGCUACCAGUAUAUGGAGAACAUAGUGGCCUCGUGGUACGAACAGGGAAUUCUGGAGAACAUCCAGAGGAACAAGCUGAUCUUCAUCGAGACCCAGGACGGGGCGGAGACCAGUGUGGCCCUAGAGAAGUAUCAGGAGGCCUGUGAGAACGGUCGAGGCGCCAUCUUACUCUCUGUCGCUCGCGGAAAAGUGUCUGAAGGAAUUGAUUUCGUCCACCACUAUGGCCGCGCCGUGAUCAUGUUCGGGAUCCCCUAUGUGUACACCCAGAGCCGGAUACUGAAGGCUCGCCUCCAGUUCCUGCGCGAUCAGUUCCACCUACGGGAGAACGAUUUCCUGACGUUCGAUGCCAUGAGACACGCCGCGCAGUGCGUGGGCCGAGCCAUACGUGGGAAGACGGACUAUGGGAUCAUGCUGUUUGCUGAUAAGAGAUAUGCGCGAUCCGACAAGAGGGGAAAGUUACCGCUGUGGAUUCAGGAACAUCUGGUAGAUGCCAACCUGAACCUGACGGUGGACGAGUGCAUCCACCUCUCCCGACACUUCCUGAGAGAAAUGGCACAACCAUUCCGCAGGGAGGACCAGCUGGGCCUGUCUCUGUUGACGUUGGAGCAGCUACAGUCCGAGGAGAUGCUGCAGAAGAUACAGGAGAUCGCCCAUCAAGUGUGACCAUUUCUUUCAACCUCUAAGACAGGCACCCUGGUUCAAAAACACUGUUGUCUCCUGGUUUUCCUCCAGUCCUGACUUGUGUCCAGGAUGUGACCUAUGAGGGGGGGCCCCUGUGCGGACCUCCUGCUGGCCCCCGAGGACGCUGUAUGUGUUUUUACAUACUGAAUAAAUCACAUUUCUUAUC